GUGUCCGUUUCAAUAUCGAAAAAAAGAUUGUGCUUCUUACAAUACAUUCGUUAACCCAUUUACUCUGUACUAUAUAUACGUAUAUACCCUACACAACUCCUCUUUUUCGGCUGCGGCUAUUUCGUCAUACUUUGACGUUCUUCCAAUCAUCUUUGGAUCUGAAUUCUGAACCAUCCACACCCACGUUGUGGUAUACCACAUAGCCGCGACCGACAGCACGUCGAUAACUUCACUUUAUCUUCCAGUGCGACUGGUUGGCGUGGAAACUCCGAAGCGCUUUUCCCAAGAGGCGAACUUCUCACAUCCCAACUCGUGUCGAAACCAUCCACCUCAUUGGUGUCACCGACAGCGGUCCGCGAUCACCCAACAUCGCUGCGAAAGCACUUGUACAUACACUCGAUCACUCUUGUACACAAAGACUUGAGCAUCAGAACAUGCUCUACCAAUAAUACUCUCUUGCGAGGACGUAUUCAUACCAAGGCGUCCUACACAGACGUACUCCAACGAUUCUUCCACAUCACUGACGGAACGCUCUCUCAAGAAGAUAUUUCUACUAGCCACGCCUCUGAAGAGUUAUUUCUACAAAACCAGGACCUCAUAAAGAUAUCCCGACACCAAUACGACCUCAAAGAGGCAUCCAUAUCAUAGCACGCCACUACCAAAACACCAAACUUACGAGGCACGUCUCGACAAAGCGGACUCGCUCACUGCACAGUUGUGUGCAAGAUCUACCUCUCUCUACGCCCAUCAUUCUUCUGCUCAUCGACCACGCGUUAUGUGCUGGCCACUUGACUGAAACGAAGAAGUCCUCAAUCCUUCCCCGUCACGCAGAUUUCUUCCUUCUGCAGAGCCCUCCCACUCUCCUUCACUCGGUACAUCAAUCAUGUCCACUCCGACACACGAACUCCCAAGAUUGGAAUUGGAAACUCCGUCACACCGCUCUUCUGACGAUGACAACACAACUGUCGUCAACAACAAUGACAGGAACGAAGGCUCGGUAGAUGGAAGAGCGCUCCGAGAGCGUCUACAAGUCGAAACAAAUCACCAAGGACACCCCAGAUUCGAUGAUGCAAAGCCAUCACCCUCUCAGACGAGAGAAGAAGCCCAUAGGCUGGAUGAUGAGCUCGCCAUGCAAAGAGCUGAGCGCUUGACAUCUUCUGAGUCGAGACAAUCAGAAGGCCGAAGUUCAAUGGCUCUACAUCGUUCUCGAUCGCGGGCGCCGGAACCUCUUGACGAGUUCGACACCGCUACGAACCCAAUUCACGAACGAACCGCGGUCUACAAACCCCCGGAACAUCCUAGCACAAAAGUAGCGAGAUUCUUCAAAGCCGUCCACCAAUCGAGCUUUCUCGUUCGAUACUUUACCUACAUUGCGCCCGUCGCGUUCUUGCUUUCCAUCCCCAUUUUCAUCGGGGCUUUUCUACCAAGGGGUCAGAAUGCCAGCGUUGGCGGCGUCGAGCUGCUUUGGUUCGGUGUCUGGCUCGAAAUUAUAUGGCUGACGCUUUGGGCUGGCCGGGUCGCUGCACGGCUGAUCCCCUACCCGCUCGGAUUGGUGUCCAGCUUGUUCACCAAUAAUGCCAAAAAAUGGCGAGACUUGGGGAAAGCGUUGGAAAUCCCUGCCACCAUCUUCUUUUGGUGGCUUGGAAUCGAGGUCUCAUUCUUGCCUACCAUGAGAAAUCAUAUGGUCCGCGGCGCCGACCCUCAUCCCGAGUGGCAAAAUGUCCUCAACAAGAUCAUCGUGUCCAUCUUUGUCGGAGCAAUCCUAAACUUCGUCGAGAAGAUUAUCAUUCAGCUCAUCGCCAUCUCCUUCCAUCUGCGAACUUACGCGGAUCGCAUCGAGAUCAACAAGUUCCAGAUCGGCAGUCUGAUCAAACUGUACAUAUUUUCCAAGACAAAGAUCGCUAUGGAAGACGCUGAAUUUGCGGAAAAGCCGUCUGGAUCACAAUCCGGAACUCGCACUCCCGCAAUGUACGCUGCGCAGGCUCAACAUGCUGUGACAAAGGCGUUUGCAAAAGUGGGAGAUGUUGCUGGUCAAGUGGCGGGCGACUUUACCGGAAAGAAGAUUGCCAAAAGCGACCACCCUUCGCAAGUUGUCUUGACUCUGCUCAACACGACUAGUGGCUCUCAGGUGCUGGCUCGUCGUCUCUAUCGGACGUUCGUCCGGGAGAGCUGCGACUUUGUGUCGUUUGAUGAUCUCAAGGCAGCUUUCGAGAGCGAAGAGGAAGCUGACGCAGCAUUCGGCAUGUUCGACAAAGACAUGAACGGCGACAUAUCCAUGGAAGAGCUUGAAGCCGUUUGCGUUGAAAUCGGAAGAGAGAGGAAGUCCAUUACCAAUUCACUAAAGGACUUGGACUCGGUUGUUAGUAGAUUGGACGAUGUGCUCUUCUUCAUCGUGUUGGUCAUUACGGUUCUCGUCUUUAUUUCCCUCAUUUCGACUGCAGCUGCUGGGGUUCUGACGUCGGCUGGAUCUCUUGUUCUUGGCCUGUCAUGGCUCUUUUCCACCACGGCGCAGGAAUUUCUUCAAUCCUGCGUCUUUGUCUUUAUUAAGCACCCUUUCGACGUUGGAGAUAGAGUGGCCAUUUACGGCAACACUGGCUCCUCACUCAAAGGCGAUGACUACUUCGUCAAAAAGAUAUCUCUUUUGUAUACCGAGUUCAAAAAGAUGGAAGGCCAUGUGGUGCAGGCACCUAAUUCCUAUCUCAACAAUCUCUUCAUCCUAAAUCAACGUCGCUCUGGAAGUCUUGCCGAAGCCGUCCCAAUUGUCAUCAAAUUCGGUACGACAAUCGAACAAAUCGAAGCAUUACGGAACUCACUCAUGGAGUUUGUAAAGACUGAAAAGCGCGAAUACGGGGCUAACAUCCUGACGGAGCUACGCGAGGUUGACGAAGUGUACUCUCUCACCCUGAACGUUGUCUUCUUCUACAAAUCGAACUGGCAAAAUGAGCUCCUUCGUUUACAACGGCGAAACAAAUUCAUAUGUGCUCUGAUGGUGUCAAUGCAAGAACUCGGCCUCGAAGGACCUCGUCGGAACCAAGCCGGUUGGUCACAAGAUGGACCUUUUUACAUGCAAUCCCCUGCUGGCGGAAGUGCCUACGCCAAUGAGCAACAUCCCAAUCAUCACGAUGGUGCUGCUGAAGGUCAUUCAAUGCAAAACAUCACUUCGGCUCCGAUCCACGAAACACCGACCACUGCACCCACUCUCAAUCACCCUUCGAUCUUGCGUCGCCGUCCAAGUACCGGCCAGCUUGGACGUCCAAGAGGCGAAUCGCUCUCCGCUAUGGCGAGAAGAGUGGACUUCUCUUUGGGAAUGAAGGAUGUAUCCUCUGGAGAACAAUUAUCUGACGUCUACGAGGAUAGCGAGCGUCCUCGGUAUGAAGAGGUCAUUCGUGAGGCAAAUCGGAUUGAGGAAGAGCGGAGAAUGUCAUCAUCACGAGAUCGGUCAACCACAAGGACAAGCUCAAGAGAUCAAGGGCCAGCCGCAAUGAGUGGCAUACUCAGAAGAUCAACCACGCAGAGCGUGGGAGGUCGUCGAUCUUCGGUCAGUCAAGGACCUCACCGAGUUUCUGUCAGCAGCCAGGAGACUCAUCGCAACCGUUUCAUGGGCCGCUUAGGUCGCACCGAACGAAGCAUCGAUUUAGAGUCGAAUAGAUCUCCGGAACCGUUCCCUGCCAUGCGGUAGUGCCGUUGGCAUUACCUCGACUACCUGAUUCUUCUUACUCAUAGCCAAGCGGUGCCUUGAACUGGCACAUGGGAGGUGACUCAUGAUCACUGUGUACACUCGUUGGCUAUAUAUCCGAUUAUUACGAAGUCAUGAUUAUCAGUUACAUAUCCUUACGAUUAGCGUUAGAUCUAGCGGGCUUCCCACCCUGCAAUGGUAUGUA